CCCCCCCUUGCCUGAAUGCUCCUCUGCCAUCUCCUGCAGUUUCGGCAGGCACAGGGAGUUUCGGGAAUGAGCCACAUCUGACAGCAGGCGUACGAAACUACAACAUUUUAGAAGCAGAAGUGACCAGUGAAUGCCAUGGACCCCUGGUCUUAGCUCCAUGAUCAAGUCGCUCGCCUGAUGCCUCUUCUGACCGUUCUGUCUGUUCCUGAACCGUUUGCAUGACCUAUCAGAACGUAGAAAGGCUAGUAUCGUUCAUAGUUUCUGCCUGCAACCAGGUGUCUUCUCUGCUGACCAGCUGAAUACUUCUGGAUGUCAGAACGAGAUCAAGCUUCCAUUUUGACAAUUUUAACUCUGCAAACCGUCGUUAGAUAUGUAACUUAUUAUGAUCACUACCAUAGUUAUGUUGAACGCCGCUGCGACUAGGGCGAAGGCAGUGUAGUUUCUCAAGCGCUACCCUCGCUCGCAUCGUUUAUUCGAGCUAUAUGGUGAGCAUUGCGUUUAUAGGUAGUCGUUACUUCCCGUGCUGUAGGAUAUCCCUUUUCUAUUCUAAGCUCGGCUUUUCAGGCGCCGAGAAAGCAGUGCUUCGCCAACGUGUUGGCUCCAAACCAACAUCUACAUCACACGGCAACAUCCGUCCUUCCUGUCAGGCACCCAGGGCUGAAACAGGGUAAAGAUUACCUCUACGGCUGUUUCAUGGCACUCCUCUUCGUUUGCUGAUUGAAGUUGUUGCACACCAUCCUAACUUGAGAUUUUUCCAGAAGCCUAUACCGGCUCAAGGGUGCAUCUUCGGAAGCUUGACAUCAGCAGCAGCAGCAGCAUCAAGGUCAGACGCAGCAGCAGCCUUCUUCUCAGCCACAGGUUCGAGCUACUCAAGGGUGUUAUGCAGCAGCAACAAGCGACACGGUUCAUGGCUCCCAAUCAAGCUCAAACACAACCAGUUCAGCACUGGCAGAACCAAUCUCAGCAACUGCAACAGCAACAGCAACAGCCACAGCAGCCUGCUUUUCUGAGUCAGCAAAUGGCGUCUAGUCAGCCGCCUUUCCAGCAGCAGAGCUCCAAUCAGCAGCGAGCUCUUGUUCAGCAACCCCAGCAUCCGGCACAGCAACAGCAGCCACAAAGCAACUAUCAGUCUUCGCAAAUGCAAUAUCAGCAGCAGCCUCAGCAAGUAACUCUGCAGCAGGCCCAGCAGUACCAGCAGCCGGUGAUGUAUCAGCAGACGCAACAACCACAGCAGCAGACUUUCCAGACGCAGCAGCAAUCAUUUCAGCCGCAGCAGCAGGCUUAUCAGUCGCACCAGCAAACGUACCCGCCACAAUCGCAACUUCAGCAGCAGCCACAACCGCAGCAGCAACAAGUCUACCAGACCCAGUCGCAACAUCAGCCGCAGGCAAACUUCCAGGCACAGCAGCCACAACAGCCGCAGCUGCAGUAUCAGCAGCAAAAUCUGUACGCCCAGCAGCAGCAGCAGCCAGCACCUGUGGCUCAACCGAAUGCAUACCAGCAGCAGCCGCAGCCGCAGCAACAGCAGUAUCAGCCAGCUCACCAGCCUCAAGCACAACCGAGUUACCAGAUGCAUCAGCCUCAGAUGCAACCCUCUCAGGCAGCACCUGCGCCAACGGCGCUCCCCCAACAGUCUGCGGCUCCUCAACCAUUAAUCACUCCACCUCUGAUAGCGCAACCACAGCCGCAACAGCAAUUCCUGCAGUCUCAAAGCAACCCGCAGCAGCAGCAACUGCAGCAGCAGCAGCCGCAACCGAUGCAGCCUAUCUAUUCCUCUCAAGUUCCGGCACCUCAGUACCAGAACCAAGCGCCAGCAGCAGCAGCAGCGCCUCCUCAGUACAAUCCUGUUGCGUCUGUUGGUGGAGGUCAGAUGCAAAUAAGCCCUCAUCCACCCCAGCCACAAUUUCAACCGAUGGCUCAGCCGCAGCCGCAGCCGCAGCCGCAGAUGCAGGCGACGCCAAUGCAAGCGACGCCUAUGCAGGCGGCGCAAAUGCUUUCUCACGUCCCAAGCCAGGCUCCCAUGCAAGUGGAAUCGGGCGCGUGCGGGCCGUUCACGGUGGCGCAGUGGCAGGAGCUGGAGCAGCAGGCGCUCAUAUUCAAGUACCUCGUCGCGGGAGCGCCUGUCCCGCUGGAGCUCGUUUCCCGCCUGCGCGUGUCCAUGCCGCCGCUGGCGUUCGGCCUUCAGGCAUUCCACCCUAUGGGAGCCUUCAUGCCAUCGUUCUGGGGGCCGUCGAUGCAAGUGGAUCUGGAGCCGUUCAGGUGCCGCCGCACAGACGGCAAGAAGUGGAGAUGCGCCCGAGAGGUGGUGGCGGACCAGAAGUACUGCGAGCGCCACCUGCACCGCGGCCGCAACCGCGCACGCAAGCUCAACGACAAGGCCACGCCCGGAACCUCCCUCGUGGCUGACGAGGGGGACCCCACCCCAGCCACCACUGCCACCACCGCCACCACGGCCACCACAGGCACCGUUGGCAGUGGUGGGACGCAGGGCGCCUCUGCUGCAGAUGGGUGUCUUACGAGUGAUGGAGUCAGAGCGAUGGAGUCGGUGGACGAUGGGCGGGGCGUUAGCACUGGUGCGAUGGACGCCAGUGCAGGUAGGGGGAUGGGGGCUAACAGUGGGGGUGGCGGGGUUGCUGACAGGACAGUCACUGCAUCGAGUGGCAAUAGUGGUGGCGACACUGUUUCUGCAUUGGCGGAGCAUGCGGCAGGACGGGAGAAUGGCGUUUGUGCAUGGGGUGAGGGAGAGCGAGUGGAGGGGAGUGGAGGGGAGAAGUGUGGGACGGUGGGAGGGGGAGAUAGGAGGAGGGAGGGGGACCAGUCUCACGCUGUGCUGGCGACCUCUGCUGCUGGUGCGGCUUCUGUGCCCGCAGGUGUCGUCUGUGUGUCCACGGCUGUGGCUUCUGCAGUUCCUGUGCCUGCAGAUGUCGUUUCUGUGGUUUCGGUGCCCACAGGGGCAGUGGCUGGAGGCCACCCGCCUCCGCUUGCUCUCCCACCGCCUGCUCAUGCUGUGGAGGGCCACUCUCAGCAGGUGCCACAGCAGCAGAACCACCAGCAGCAGAACCAGCAGCAGUUACAGCAGCAGCUUGAGCAUCAUCAGCAAGGGUUGCCUGCUAGUUCCCCUGUGACUGGGUCCCUGCUUGAAGUCGUAUCUGUGGUGCAGCCAGACCCGAAAUUAACCCAAGUUGGGACCUACACGCCUCCUGUCACACUUGCUUCCCCGCCUUCUACUGGUACUGCUGCUGGUGCUGCUGCCGGUGCUGCUGCUGGUUCGGCUCCACAGCAGCAGCAAGGACAGUACGUGCAGGCGUCAGUGCAAGUGCCCAGCUGCGGAGGACAGCAGGGAUCUAUCAACGCUAACAACAUGACUGUGAGUGACAUGGCAGCUGCUACGCUUAUGAAUGGGGACAAGCCCAUCUGCACUGCUCCAAUGGACGUGGAUGCACAGAAGCAAGGGGGGCAGGGUGCUGCCAACAGAGUCAUUGCUUUGCAGGCAGAAUCGGGUGCAGGAAAGGAGGUGGGGCCACCGGUUGGUGUCAGCAGGGGCUGUAACGAGGAGCUGGUUAUUGUGGAUGGGAAGGACGCUGGACGCUUGGUGUCUGGUGCAGGAGCGAAGAUGGGGCAACUUGCUCUUAUGCAUUUCAGAGCAUCUCCAAAUUGUGUGCUGCCAUCUCCAUUUCAUGGUUCAGAAAGUGGGAGUGGAGCCCAGAGCCCAGUGGACAUUUCUCCACUUGGACCUGUCCCAGUGGCAACAUUAAAUGAAGCAGCGAAGCACGAGUGAAUGGAAGAAAGCCAUCGAAUGCAUCCUAGAUCAAGCUCGCAAGGAUGUUCUUAACAACAACGCCAGUAGUGCCAUACUUUGUGCGACUUAGGCUCAUGAGACUAGAAACUAUGUCCGACUAAGUAGGUAGUUGUUGCGGAAUGGCUUGUCAUAUCUAUUCCUCGAGUACAGCUGAAAUU